CAGCCAUGUUGGAGCGGCGGCGCAGCGGCGGGUUCGGGCUCCGCGGCGGCCGGUGUCCAGCGCUGGUUUUCAAGGAAUUUGGACCUAUUGGAAGUGCCUACUACCCUAAUGCCAUGAAUAUUGAGGUGAACAAUGCGGAAGAAAAAGCUGUCCAUUCUUGGUCAAGAAUCUCUUCUGCAGGACAGAAAGCCCUGGAGGAAGCUCUCAGAGUCUUCAACCCCAUGUCCAAGGACCUUUCAGACACCGAAACCCAGCUGGUGGCCUUUCUCCAAGGCCUCAAGGAGGAAGGCUACCAGCCCACAGUCUUAAGGAGCAAGGAUGUUUAUGGGUACAGCUCCUGCACGGCGGCUACUCCCAGCCAGACACCCGACAAUUCAAACCCAGGCGCUGCUGUCUCUGACUGUACUAACGCUCCGGUUAGAAGCCCUGCCGUAACAGCAGAGGCGCCUGGGACACGUGCGGAGGUGUCGGUCGGCUCUCCUAACGUUCGCACCAAGCCUGUCUCUAAAGGGAGGACCACAAACCUGCUGCUGAACUCGCUGAAAGAGACACGGUCAGGCACGUCGAAGGCCUCAGCAAUGGGCUUCCCAGCUAAUAUGUACCCUGAUGUGUAUCCAGCCAUGAGACUCUCUGUCGUGCUGGAAGCCUUGGUCCCACUGAAAGCCACAGCAUCCUGUCUGGAGUCCAAAUACAAAGAGGGGCAUCUUGGGAUCUCCCCCUCGGACCUGAAGCUUCUCAAGGCGUCGGGUGCCUCAAGGCAGAACGCUAAGCUACCCGCGGGGCAGGUAGACCUCAAAGGCUACAAACACGUCGUUACGAAAGCGCCAGAUUCUCCCGCUCUAGCUGUAACGCUUCUGAAGGGAACUCGAGGUGGGGUGCUAAAGGAGAGCAAUGGUUGCAAAGCAUCUGGAAUCCUGAAUGGGAGGAUUACAGGCAGCUCAUCUCAGUGUUGCAGUGGGGGGUCACAGACCAAGGCCUUUACAAAUAAAGCCAAGGAAGUUCCGGGGGGGAGAACUGAAUGGAAAGACAGCAGUAGUCAGGAGACUGUUGGGCAGAAAAGGAAAAGAGCCGAGGAGGUGAAAGAAGCACCACAGAAGAAGAAGAAGAAAAAUGCCAUGAAUAAACCUGAACUAGGUCAGAGCACUUUGAACCUGCUGAGAUCCCGGGCCAUUAAGGUGGACAGCUCGUCGUCAGACGAAGAAGUGAGGAGGAGAGCACAGAAGAUCCUUAGGGUUAACCUGUCCCCUGUGAUCAGAAUUCAGCCAUUGUCCCCCUCUCACAAUGUCCCCUGAGUUCCUUCCUUUUGUCACUUUUCUCUUAAAUACGUAAGUGUGAACCAGCUGCCAGGCUGUGGAGAUGUGUAAGAGCCACUUUCAUUCUCUAGUGUCCGGCAGCAGUAUCACAGCCGGGACCUGCAGACUUUGGGCACCUUGCUCCGCAGCUGUUGCUGGCUGCCUGGCAACGUUCUGCAGAGUUGGACUGCGCGAGUACAAAGCCGUGUUUAGAAAUCCAGGACAACGACUCCCAGCCCCCAUGGUGAGCUGAGCGAAGCCAGGUGCUAGCGUUCUGUGCUGUGCUUUUCUGAACGUGCUGGAGCGUAUGUCUGUGCAGUGAGGAGCGCCGGACUUUCUCCUGACGUUCAUGCACUGUGAUGUUUUGCUCUUUUUCAAGCUGUACAUUUAUUAGUUUUAUUUUGAUCAAAUUUUAUAACUUUAUUCUAUAUCUAUCUAUCUACACACACACAGUGCCCUGGCACUGUCUGAAGACACGUCUCCUCCGCCCCUCUGGAGCUGGGUUCACCCUUCAGUCAGUCUUUUGUCGAAAGGUGCCAGGGUUUCUUUCCCAUCGUCAGUGUUCUUACCUGUCUGUUCUGGGCUCUCUUGAGAAGCUCAGAAGCAGGCAGAAUUAUAGCCACACAUUUGUCUCUGGAAACACCAUGCUGGAUGGAGGCUUACCAGCUCGUAGGUCUGUCCUGCUCAGGUGACCUCGGCAAAGAAAAUGGAACGUAGGGGAGGGCUGAUUGGGCUGUUCGCUCUGAGUCUGUCUGCCGCCCCUUUCGCUGUUGGCAGAAAUACUAAAUGCUUCCUGCGGGUUUGCUUCCAAAGACACCGCGGGAAAGGUGCUGUCAGGCCCCGUCCGUUAACUUAAGCAAUGAAUUUGUGGCUGGUUGUCGACCCAAGAUCUGGGGCUGCCCAUCAGCGGAUACUGAAUAUUUCCUGGCCAGAGCGUCAUCACUUGAGUGCUGCUGGACAUUCCAGUGACUUGCGGGUUAGGUUGAGAACUCGCCCACUGUGCUUCUGAAUGUAUCGAGUGUUGCUAAUGUUCUGCUGGCUCCAGGGGAAUGUGUAUGGCUGAGAACCAGAGCACAGCAGCAGCAGGUUCAUCAAAGGAGUUUCCAGCAAUUUUUUUAACAUUUCAAGAGAAUAAGGUAUUAGUUUCUGGGGAGUGGUUUGCGCGGGGUUAAGCCACUGUAUAUUUAUUUCUCAUCCUGGAUUUCAGAUUUGCCAGCUCUUCUGGGAUUUUAGGGUGAUGAUCUGCUGCAGGGUAUAAAAUCUUUCUCUGCUUAGAGUCUCCGUGCUUAGUUCUAUGUUCAGGGGAGCAUGAGAAAACAAGGGGUAGGUGCCUCCUUCCCUCCUCACUGGGGAAGUCUGGCAGGUACAGGCUGGGAAUAUGCUUAUCGCAGUUGCGUUGCUGGGUGUGAUCUGAAGGCAGAGCCUUCACUGGGUACAGUUGGUUCUGCCUUCUAUGGAGGGUGCUGGCUUUCCAAGGAAGCAAGAGCUGCCAGCCGCCGUGUGCCGUGGAAGAGCAGCUGAGCGGAGCCAGCCGACGCCAGGUGGGACAUUGCACGCCAUGGCCCGGGGUGGCUGAAUCCACCCUGCUGCGGCACCCCAGAGCCGUUCCGGAGGAUGCUCUAGGCAUCAGCUGGCAGAAGGCUGUGGGCUGGGGGACCUGGAAAAGCCUGUGUAAGGGAAAGGGAGAUCAGGCCCCGGGGUCCAGUUGGUGCUGCAGGCAGAGGAGCUUCUCUGACGCCCCCUGCUGCUGCUUGUGCAUCAUAGGCAAUAGCUUAAUAUGCUGCUCCCUCAUUGGACGCACAGGUCGUCAAUGCAUGCAACAAAGUGUGCGACCUUCUGGUGUGCUUGUGUGUUAACAAAACAGGGCCGCCCGGUAAUGAGAGACGGGGCCCUCCCACAAACAGCCUCAGCACUUUGGGUCGAUUCUCCUCCGGAGAAGGGGGGAAAAUGCCCCUUUCUGUUUUCAUGGUCUCUGGCUCGAGACUCCCUGUCAGUCAAGAGCGAGAUGAUGAAGGCUGUCUCUGUGCAGGGCGAUGGUCACACCCCAUCCAGCACUGACAGUCGGAAUUUUACACUAGUUCACAUGCAAUUGGCAAUUCCGGCCAAUCUGUGGAGCACCAUUCAAGAGGGCACAGCUGCCCCCCCAGCCCCACAGCAGUCGUGCUGUCAGGAGUUGCUUUCUGCUAAUGCCAUCGCGGGCCAGGUGCUCC